GGAGUUCAGUCAAGCGCCGAACGUCAUCGCGAGAAGUUCGCGCUCUGUGAUCGGCAAAGGAUUGCAAAAGCAUUGUGCACAUGCGGGUCGCCCAGUAGUGAUCGCUGAUUCGUAAAUUUUGUUGGAUAUGUGUUGGUAUAGUACAAGUGAAGGAAAAGGAUUUAUUUGACAAAAACAGUGUUGUGUCGUGAUUAUGUGAAGAAAUUUACAACGCAAAGAACUAUCGACUCUGAGGAUUAUAAGUGUACACAAACGUGCUGUUUCUUUCUUUCUUUUUCUUGUUCGAUUAGUCGGCUGCACGUGGUGCUAAUUGUAUUUACACCUGGAGAGAUCUGGCCUCAAAACUGCGAUCGUCCCGAUUUUACGACGAUACAAUCGAGUAUUCACAGUACAGCGCUGAACAAUCUUUGCUGAACAUUGAUUGUAAGCCGGAAAGUGGCUCAACUUGGAUCAUAGUUAUGGAUCGUCCUAUUAUCAUAGACACGAUGCAGUUCCUGCAUGCCAGGAGAUAAACAGAAUGGAAAGAAAAAGUGCUCAUCGACUACUUCAGAGUACAUCAAUGCAAAUAUACGAUUUGAUCACCAGCUCUUUCAUUCAUCUUGAUUAGCACUUUUAAAGUGCAACUGCGAAAAAAAAUCAGGAUAUUGGUGAAGUAUAAAUAACGAAAAAAAAUAACUUCAUCGCAAGAAGAGAAAAUAUUACCACCAUGGAAGGAAAAAAUAUUACACGAAAGGAGUUGGUCAACGUUAAUUUAUUGUCACUAAAAUGCCUCAUGUUCUGCUUCUUCGGAGGUAUGGGCUGUCUCUUCCCUUUUCUACCACUUCACAUGCUUGCCACAGGCCUGACCUACGAAGAGGCUAAAAUAGUGUCAAUUGUCUCGCCGAUAGUGGCGAUGAUAGGCCCAUUGGUGGCUGGUCCAUUGGCAGACAAGUUGGCUGGUCGACAGGGGUCCAACAGCAGAGCAUCGACAGGAAAAUACCUUCGAGUAAUGAUAGCAGUGACUUGCAUACUCGGUGCUAUAUUUUACGCUGCACUAAUGGCGAUACCCAGAGUCGAGAGGCUGACGAUACCCCAGGAGAGAAAUCCCCAGGUGAAAUUUUCCUGCGACGAAUCUGGGGCCAUUGUAUUCAAGGACAGAUGCAAGCUCCCGGCAACCUGCUACGAAUGGCCCGAAAUAAAACCUGGACCCAUUCGACUCACCAACUGCGACUACCAGUGCAAACUGAUCAAUCCCGAGCCCCUCGUUCAAAACGACGUCACCACUUUGAAGCCCUUCACCACGGAUUACGUCGACGAAAGCGAGAGCAGUGGCGACCUGACUGUCAUUCCCAUCGAAGAGAAUGAAAAAGACCAUCGGCAAUCUAUCUAUAAGAGGGAAACGAUUGAGCCACCGCACCUCUGCGUAAAGGAGGAUGGAGUUGACGUUUGCCACGUGUACACAACCUCCUCGGGCAGUAUUAAUAUAUACGCGACUCUUCAGCAGGCCAGAAAUCCCGAUGAGAUAUCCGAGCGAUGCGCCUAUCCUAUGAGCGAUCAAUUCUCUUGCAGGAUACCCACGGUGCUGAGAACGAAGAUGUUAAAAUUUAACAAGAGCUGCAGCAUAGACUGUGAUCUUUACGAGCCGUACAAAAUGUCAGACAGUGUUUUGGCCCAGGUGAAAUGUCAGCAGAUAAUUGGCGACCCAGAUCACACGUUUUGGAGUUAUCUGGUAGUGCGAUCCAUCGCCGACGUGUUUCCAACUACUACGGUAGCACUUCUGGACGCAGCUGUGGUCAUUGCGACUCGCGAGACGUCCUGUGGCCGUGGUGACGUCGGCCGACAACUGGCCUUCGGAUCCCUCGGCUUUGCCAUAUUUGGCCCAUUGACAGGCUAUUUGACGAAUCUGGUCGAAGGCACUCAACCUUCCUUUUCAAUACCUAUCGACAUAUUUGCGGCACUGAUGGUAAUAUCAGCUCUAAUUGCUGUUUUUGCUAACGGCAUGCCUCUCAGUCCUCCGGAAUGGUGGUGGCACACCAGGAGCGGAAUGCUUGCCCUGCCGAUGAGCGCCAUCAAGAGAUACGGCGGCGAAACCGCAGCCUUGCUGUUCGUUCUGGUGAUAAUGGGGAUAUUCUGGAGCGCCAUGGAUACCUACCUACCCUGGCACCUCGAACAACUGAAUGCUGACGUAGUAUUGAUCGGCGUUUGCCUGACCAUCGGCGCUUUGCCAGCAGUGAUUUUCCUCUGGAAAUCUGAACACCUCGUUGAUUACUGUGGACACAGCAAUCUCUUGAUUACAGCGUUUACUAUUUACAUCGUCAGAUUCACCGGAUUGAGUCUAGUGUCUGGAGAUCCAUGGUGGUCCCUUGCCUCCGAGGUGUUGGAGCUGUUCACACUUGGAAUAAUGUGGGUGACAGCGAUUCUUUAUCUCAGACACUUGGUGCCUCGUCAUCUAACCGUCACGGCUCAAGCUUUGCCGGUGAUUGCUCAUUUUUGCAUAGGUCGAUGCAUCGGGGCAGUUAUAAGCGCGUACGUCGACGUCGGCCAAAGGAACGUUGACUCGCUUCGAUUCGUCUACAAGUGCAUGGCAGUUGCAGCUGCAAUAAUUGCCUUGAAAUACUUUAUCUGGUAUCACGCAUUGAUAAGGCCGAAAUGCCACGCGCAAAGCACUCAGGGACCUCGUCAGCCACCGACUAUAAUGGAAGCGAUGAACGGAAACGGCAAUUAUACACCCUUGCGAGUAUAUCACAAUGGCAGAGGCAGGAAAGGACAGUUUCGGUACUAGGAAGAGGAUUAUUAUAUUAUCUUUAUUUUUUUUUUAACUCGUUAAUCACGGUGCUUACUUAUAAUGUAGCUUUUGCACAUAUCCACGACUACAUAUCAAUUGUUUCUAUAUUACCCAUCCAUUUCUUUAAAACAGUUACCAGUAUAACGGCUGGUAAAAGGAUAUUUCAUACAUUCGUGUAGUAUUCAGUAUUAUACGUAUAUGAUAACUUGAGAGUCAAAGAAGAGUAAUUUGCUUCACUUUUAUGGAGAAAAAUCGUUCUCCUUGCUAAGCAUUCGUUUCAAAAUAUAGUAGGUGUGCUCUUUCUGUGACUGCAUCAGCUUUAUUGUGCAAUUUAUACGUACGAAUGAAUAACCAAUUACACGCAUCUUCAUUGAUUAGAUAACGAUUGAGAAUUCUUUUUUUUUAUACUGUGAAAAAAGUUCCAAGUUUGAAAGUUCUUCAUUUCCAACAAGAAUGGAGAAAUUUCUUUUUUGUAAACAAAUAUUUUUUGUUAUAUAAAUAAUAAUAAUAAUACUAAUAAUCAUAAUAAUAAUAAUGAUAAUAUUUAUGAAAAGAAUUGCGAACAGAGAUGAUCUUUUCUCAUUGCAACGAUUAUAUACAACUUACGGUUAAGAUUCGUUUCUGUGUGAUAUCUCAGUUGAAAUUAGGACAGAAUUGACUGAGCAGUAAAUAAUGCUUAAUGGCACAUUAUUAAUAUGAUAUAUUUAGUCUAUAUGGUGUUAGUUAUGCAUAUUACUUGAUAAUAUAUAUAACUAGUGCCUGAUUCAGAGGAGAAAAUUUUCUCUUGUGCUACGAUGAUAUUCUGUGAAAAAUGAAUAAUACCCUUGCUUAUUGUUUUUCACUUUCAUGGGACGAAAUCUGAUCCUAUUAUUAAGUUUUUUAUUUAGAAUAUCACAAUUUUCACUCACACAUUUGUGUAAACGAAAAACCAUACCAAGUGUUGUCACAAAUUAUUUCCGAAUAAUUUAGUUGCAAAGCAUUUAAGAUAGAUUGCAAACUGUCUAUAGAGAAUGCAACUUCGAAAAUUUUAGGUGACUUGAAAAAUUAACGAAGGAGCCAGGAAUUGAACCUGGUGUCUAGAGAUGCUUUACUAGAGACUUACUCCACUAGACCACCUAGCCGCCUGACUACAAUGUCAUUAAUUUCUCUCAUCAUCUGUAUUCGAAGUUUGUUUUGGCUCGUGGGCCGUGUAUUUGUAGAUGUCUAUAGCAACUGCAGUGCAUUUAUUAUAUUCGUAAUUAUCCGAAGACGGGGAACGCGCUUGUACAGCUAACAGAUUUAAUGUACGAGUAUUGUAGUCGAUGUUAAUUUUUUUUUACCCUGAAAAUAUUUUUUGUAACAACUGACUAUUAAAGUUAUUGACUACCAUGUUAUAAAGCAACCAAAUACAAAAUAGAUUAUUUAAAUAA